CCCGUCAUUUUUCGGACCCCAUGCUGAAUGCCUUUAAAACUGCCUGAAAAAAGAUAAGAGAGGGUUGUGUACAUUUUCUGCACAAAUGGUGGAAAGUAAUAAAAUAAACAUCGACGGGGGUCCCACCUACUCGCAGCUCUGUCGCUUAUUUGCAACAAAGGCCGGAAAAGGACGAAGCCUCAGCUUGGAAGGGCAGCGGGUUAGAAGUGCGCCCUCGGGGAUCAUCCACGCCGCCGGGCGUCCCGCUGAGGUGAGAGGGCCCGCUUUCCCGACCGCCAGACGCCGGUGCCACGGAAACCACAGCGAACGUCCUGGAGCAGGAGGGCCGCCGGGCAGCCCGGGGGCGAGAGCCGUGCAAAGCCGGCAGGGGCCCCGCCCGCCGCUCCUCGCAGGAGCCCCCGCCCAGGUGAGGGAAGAGGCCACGGAAGACAAAGAAAGUCAGGCCAGUAUGAGAGCGAGUCAAGGUCAUCUCAGGUGCAGCCAAUCCUGAGUCCAGACUUUUAUUCAUUAGAGAAGGAAAGAAGAGAGAGACUGUCCCCAAAACGAGGUCCCGAGAAGGACACGUCGAGCGGCCCCGGUGGGAGGUCACCGCAGUGUCCUGCGCGUGCUCCGCUGCUUGCCCCUCUGCCGGGACGACGGGGGUCUGCGUGGGGGAGCAGCGCCGUUUCCCCUCGCAGAGCACCCGCACACCAAGUGUGGCUUAGGGAGCCCGCGGGCCCCAGCCGCGCCAGGCGUCCCGACAGGUGCCCCGGCCGCGCUCUCGUAUGGCUUCCGUGAGCUCCGGGGCGAAGGGGCCCCUCCCGAGCGCCCGCGCGCGGCCCCCGAGCCGAGGCGCACACGCACGCGCGCACACGCGAGGACCUCAGCCGCGCGCACGCCUCCCAUUGGCGGGAGGAGGAAGGCGGGGCCGGGCGGACCCAAAACAAACAACCUGCGGCCGCGCCGCCGCGUGGCCUCCACCUAGCGCGCGCCCGCUCCGGAGCCGCGGCCACCUGGGCCACCUCGUUCCGCAUCCGUCGUCGGCGCCCAGGCCCCGCCCUCGCGGGGUGCCGCGGGGUUAUAUUGGGACGGGCCGAAGGUGGAGACGAGACGGGCCCGCGGCGGCAGGCGUGGAGAUGCUGCUCCGGAGGCCAGGGGCGGGAAGGCGGUUGCGGGCGCCGCGGCAUCGGGGACUCGGCUCUGUGGGCGCUCGAGGCUGAAGGCUGGACCCUCGCCCCGGGGUGGCAGGCACGGGAGCCAGCACUGACUCGACCCGCGAGGACGCCUGUCCGGGACCUGCGACUGCGGGAGAAGAAACCCCAUCUCUGGAACGGGAAGCAGAUGCGCACGCUUCCUCCUCCGGUAGGAACUCCAAGCCCCGCGCGCCCCGGCACCCGAGGCUAGAACCGCGGCUCUGCACGCCUUCCCCCAAGUCUCCGCUCCUCACCCUGAAGCCAGUACGCCCCCAGCUCCUCCCUCUUCGCCCCUGUCGGUUCACCCAAUAAGCACAACCACUCCAAAGAAGAACUCCAGCGGAAGGGGACUCCAAUCCGGAAAGCGACUGUCUCACCCAGAGGAAGGCGAGCUCCGGGAGAGAGAGGCCAGGACCCGGGCCCCGAUCGCCACCACGCCCCGGGCGCCCGCUGUCCAGAACCGCGCGGAGGCAAAGGGUACGCGCCGGGCGGGGACGGGCGCGGGCAUGAAGCUGGAGGUGUUCGGGCCCCGCCCGGGUCUAGGGGAUAAGCCGGGGAGUGACUUGGAGGGUGCGGGCGGCAGCGACGCGCCAUCUCCGCUAUCGGCCGCGGGCGACGACUCCCUGGGCUCGGACGGGGACUGCGCAGCCAACAGCCCGGCGGCAGGCAGCGGCGAGCGGAGCGCGGGCGGCGGGCCGGGCGCCGAGGAGGCGGGCGCGGCGGGCGCGGCGGGGGCGACGGCGGGGCCCAGAGCCGGGGGCGCAGGUUCGGGGGGUGCGGGCGGCGGCGAGGGCGCGCGCGGCAAGCCGUACACCCGGCGGCCCAAGCCCCCGUAUUCGUACAUCGCGCUCAUCGCAAUGGCCAUCCGCGACUCGGCGGGCGGGCGCCUGACGCUGGCCGAGAUCAACGAGUACCUCAUGGGCAAGUUCCCGUUCUUCCGCGGCAGCUACACCGGCUGGCGCAACUCCGUGCGCCACAACCUCUCGCUCAACGACUGCUUCGUCAAGGUGCUUCGCGACCCUUCUCGACCCUGGGGCAAGGACAACUACUGGAUGCUGAACCCUAACAGCGAGUACACCUUCGCCGACGGGGUCUUCCGCCGCCGCCGCAAGCGCCUCAGCCACCGGGGAGCGGCCCCCGGCCCCGCGCUCCGGCCCCCGGACGGCGCGCCCCCGCCGCCCGCGCCCGUCGCCCAGGCCCCGGCUUCGCCCCGCGCGCGCUCGCCCUCCCGCCCGGAGGGGCGCGCCAGCCCGGUAGGCAGAUUCUCCGGCCCCUUCGCCAUCGACAGUAUCCUCAGCAAGCCCUUCCGCAGCCGCCGCGCUGGGGAGGCGGGCCCCGGGGCGCGCCCUCCUUGGGGAGCGGCUCCUUGCCCGCCGCCGCCCGCCUACCCGGCGCUGCUCCAGGCUGCGCCCGCUGGGGCCCUGCUGCCGCUCUGCGCGUUUGGAGCGGCCGAGCCGCCGGGGCUGCUAGCUCGCGGGGCCGAGGCGCCGCCCCUCCUCCUAGCACCCCUGGCCGCCCCGGCCCCGGCCAAGCCGCUCCGAGGCCCGGCAGCCGGUGCGCACCUGUACUGCCCCGUGCGGCUGCCCGACGCCCUGCUCGCGGCCUCGGCCCGCGCAUCCGGCCCGCACCUGCCUAAUCGGCCUGAGACGCUCCUGGCAUGAGCGCGUCGGGGCGGCGGGGGACGCGGGCUCGCGGCCGGGCGCUUUCCGCCCGAGGACAGCACCAUCACCCGACGUGCCUUAGAGCGAACACCGGACAGAAGGGUCUCAACUGCAUCCCGAACGUUUCCCUUCGUCCUUUAUAACUCGCGUUGUAGAGGAGCAAAGCAGGGCCUCCGAUAGUUUCCAUUCCUGACCAAGCCUGUGCCGGCCCCUUCACAGAAACUUCUCAUGGCCCAGGCUCUGCCUUGUUCGUGCUGUUUUCGUUGCACCUUCCACUGCUUUGUCCCUUACAAAGCGAAACAAAACCUAAACAGCACAUCAGGGAACCAUUCCAGGUGAUACAUGACUCGACUACUGCGGGGGUCCCGGCCCCCGCCUUGUGCGCCUGUGGCGUCUACAGGCGCAGCUGAGCGGGAGGGGCCAGAGGAGCUUCCCUCAUCUCUGCCAUUGACCAAUGUUUCACUGUGCCAAAAGAUGAAAAAUAUAUAUAUUGUUGGGUUUUGUAAUUAAAUUAUUUAUAUAUUUUUGAAACCUGAAUGGAAAAUGUUGCAGGCAACGGUUGCGGCUUUACUGUCUGUUGGGUCAUUUCUUAAGUGUGGUCUCUUUAGGCCAGGUGGCUUCUUCCAAGGAAAAGCUGACCGUUAUGUUUGUGGGGUGCCAGGAUCACUGCCACUUGAAAGCAAGUGUGAUUUUUAUUUUUAAUAUUAUUUUAUUUGUGUCUGUGUACAUAUUCAUGUAUAAAUUUUAUGAAAUCCAGGCAUAGUGCUUAUUUUUUAAUAAAACUGACAAUUGACUUCA